AACAAACAUGAGUAGUUUUGAACGUAAACGCCCUGCAGCACUACAUUUACAGCCAACAAACUCUAGCGGACCACCAACUGGGUACCUCCAACCAACGCCCGGAUUGCAAUCUGCGACUAUAGAACACAACAAGGAGUUAGAACAUUUGCACUCCACUGCGUUAAAAUACUGGGAGAAAUACGAUACCUCUGAUUGUGUAGUUGUCUUACCAUUUGAUGACAAAAGCACAUCUGUGAAGAGAUCUCGCUCAUUCACCAAUCUCCUUGAUGUUCACACUCCAUUUAGCGCUAGACGACGCUCAUCGGAGGUAUCGAUGGCAGCUACAGCUGGUAUAGGUACUAAAUUCAACUAUGACAUCUCAAGCCCAGAUUUUUUAGAUGAUUAUACUAUGUUUUGGCCUCCAGUGUCUCACGAUAGCCAAACACCCCGAGCAAGUUUCGCAAGCAUGAGUACUGUGAAACCCAGCAGGACUCCAUCAGUUGUAAGCGAAGCUGGCAGUGGCAGUUUACUAAGACCAACUCAUAAUAUUGAAGAGGAUCCUUCGCCAUCACAAUCGCGUCUGUUGGUCUUAUAUCUCCAUAAGGACUUUCUCGUAACACAGUCUAAUAUGUUUAAAACGAUUUGUGAGAAGUUGGACAUCAUGGAUUGUUUUAAUAAUCAAGCAGAUACUAGAAGUAUUCAAGUAAAAACUGAAACUGUUGUCGCGGAUACUCGUAAGACAUUGCACGAACUUCAAAAAGAAAAUAAUGCUAGAUCAACAACCGUUCCGCGUAUAUUACCUUCUAGUGGUGCUAUAUACCUUCCUCUCCCAGAUCCAUAUGCUUUCCUGUACCUCGUUCAAGCGCUCUAUUGUGGCCACGGUCCUUUCUUAGAGAGCCACCUUGACUGGCACGCUGUAAAGUGGGAGGGUCUAGUACAAAAUAGUGAGUAUUUGGGUAUUGACCCAUGGGUAAAGCGCGUAUUGGGUAGAUGGUGGAACAAACGCGUCAACAGACGACCAAGCAAUCCAGCAACACCAUUAACGCCUGGUAGUGGUACCUGUACACCAUCAGAUCUCAACAAUACAUUCAGGAAGACUGUAUCAACGACGCAUGCCCGCUCUAUGAGGCAUAAUAAUGCAGUACACACGCAUUCAAAUCUCAAGCAAAGCCUUCACGAGUUUGACCUCAAUAUGAAUGAUAAUGGUGUCCACGCGCAGGCGCAAAUGGACAGUGUUGAUCCGAAGCACAACCAAAGUGACUACGAGCAACCCCCAAGUCCGAAAUCUGAAGUGGCUAUUAAUAAGCGUCUUAAGCAGACCAUGUAAAAGCAUCAUUUCAUUAUGGAAGAUUAUUCAUUUCGUU